GAAAACUUAAAAUCAGUGCUCAAUUGGUGUUUGAUAUAGGAGAAAUAAAAAAAAAAAACUAAUCUUCUCCAUCCAUCGUCCGUGUUGUCUCUCUAAACCCUACGGCAGAAAGAGAGAGAGAGAGAUGUGUAUCGAUCCUUCACGUUUUCCAUCGAAGGUCUAGGCAGAGAUAUAUAUAUAUAGUUGCUCGAACCCAUCAUAAUGGUGGGAACCAUCAUGGCUUCAAGAGAAAAGCUUAAAGGUCUGGCGAGAUCCGCCAAAUCAGCCACCGAAUUGCCUCCCAAGCUCCAGCGAUUGCGCAAUUUUCGUCGGAAUUUGCAAGGAGACGCCUCCGAGCUGCUUCCUCUCCUUUUCGAUCUCCUCUCUGAUCAAUUCGGUGCUGUCCGCAAGUUUGUAACCGAGAUUCUUGGAGAAAUUGGUUUGAACUAUGUGGAAUUAUUACCAGAGAUAGUUCCCCUUUUAACUAAGUCUCUCCAAGAUGACACACCAGCUGUGGUCAGGCAAGUCAUCGCUUCUGGAUCUGCUUUAUUCCCUUCCACUCUCCAAAAAGUCGCACUCCAGGGUUUGCAUUCUAGUGAGUUGGAUGAGGUUGUUCAAUCUUCCUGGACAUGGAUGCUUAAUUUCAAGGAUGAAAUAUGCUCUUUGGCUUUCAAGCAAGGAAACAGUGGUGUUAAAUUAUGCGCUAUGAAAUUUGUGGAAGCGCUUAUUCUUUUGUAUACACCUGACCCUAGCGUCUCUCCUUCCCAUGAUGAUUUUAAUAUAUCUAUUCUUCGUGGGGGGCAUCCUGUUUUGAAUCUCGGAGACUUGUCCAUUGAGGCCAGCCAGAAAUUGGGUUUACUGCUUGAUCAGCUUCGCCACCCUGCAGCAAAAUCUCUUAAUAGCUCCACCAUUAUCUUUCUUAUCAAUAGUCUUUCAUCAGUUGCAAAGAAACGUCCUGCAUUUUGUGGACGAAUUCUCCCUGUUCUUCUGAGCUUGGAUGCCCCAAGCUUUCUGAAUGGAGUGCAUGCAGCAGCAGCAAAUCUUGCCCUCAAGACUGUAUUUCUCUCCUGCUUGGAAUGUAAACAUCCGGCUGCUGCACCGUGGAAGGACCGGCUGAUCGGUGCUCUAAAAGAGAUAGAAGGUGGCAGUCGGGCAGAGAAAGCUGAAGAUCUGUUUUACACGACUAACGGAAGCAUUCAAGACAAAGACAGUGUAGAGGAUACAAAGGCAUCAGUGGAAGAGAAUUCUCUAUGUGCAAGUUCUGUUGUUGCGGAAAGUAACUUUGGUAGGAAAAGAUCUGGAUCAGAAUACAAUAUUGAUCUGAAUGGAGAUGCUUCGACUGGAAAGCGAUCAAGAAUAACAACUUCUGUGUCAGGAGAAUCUACUGAGGCAUUAAAUGGUAACAGUGUUGGCUCUUUACCUCUGGUUACUUCUACUUCAACUGGACCAAGUAAUAGCAGAGGAGUGAGUGAUUCUGGACCUGUUCAGCAACUGGUUGCUAUGUUUGGAGCAUUGGUUGCCCAGGGUGAAAAAGCAAUUGGAUCUCUAGAGAUCCUUAUUUCAAGUAUUUCUGCGGAUUUACUGGCCGAUGUUGUGAUGGCUAAUAUGCAUAAUAUUCUACUAAAUGGUCCCUCUUAUACUGAUGGCACCGAUGAGUUGGUGAUGAACAUGUCUAUAGUUGGCAGUGAUGCACAAAUUAAGUAUCCACCAUCAUUUGUGGCUGGUGUUCUUUCACUGUCAACUGCAUUCCCACCAGUUGCUGCCCUGAUAAAUCCCCACACACUGAAAACAGAAAAUGAAGGUGAAGAACUCUGUUUGAAUCAUGUGGACCAGCAGAUAUUCCCGGCUGUAGAUGCAGUAAAUGAUGAGAGCAAUAUUGAGCUUCCUCCAAAUGUGCAUUACAGAGGGAAUGUAGAAAGUGGUAUACCUGGACUAGAUUCUUCUGCUCAACGCUAUGUGUUAUCAGAAGCCCCUGUUACUUCUGUAUUGGGUUCUACAAAUGUGGAGGCCGCCAGCAAGAACCAAGAUGCGAGUGCCAGUGGAGAACUUCUUCUCGCUGUGAUUCCAUCAGUGUCAGUGGAUAAGUCUGAGGAGUUCAGUCCAAAGGCGACUGGCAUAGGUUCUAACAGCUUGGUUUCCUCAACGGCAACUUCACUUGCUUCUGCGCCUCAGUUUGUCUUGCCUAAGAUAUCAGCACCUGUUGUCAACCUUUCUGAUGAAGAGAAAGACAGUUUGCAGAAGCUGGUGUUUUUGCGCAUUGUUGAAGCAUAUAAACAAGUAUCAAUGUCUGGUGGCUCACAACUUCGCUUUUCUCUUCUUGCUCACUUGGGAGUUGAGUUUCCUUCGGAGCUGGACCCUUGGAAAAUGUUACAGGAACACAUUCUCUCCGAUUAUUUGAGUCAUGAGGGGCAUGAGUUGACUGUGCGGGUUCUCUACAGGCUAUACGGGGAGGCAGAAGCAGAACAAGAUUUCUUCUCGUCAACAACUGCUGCGUCUGCAUAUGAAAGUUUCUUGAUAGCUGUGGCUGAAGCACUUAGAGAUUCGUUUCCACCUUCUGAUAAAUCGUUAAGUAAAUUGCUCGGAGAUUCUCCAUUUCUGCCGAAAUCAGUUCUGAAGUUGUUGGAAUCGUUUUGCUGUCCUGAAAGUGGUGACAAGGUUGAAAAGGACUUACCUAGCGGAGACCGUGUUACCCAAGGUCUCAGUGCUGUUUGGAGUCUGAUUUUAGCGAGACCUGGAAUCCGGAAUGACUGCCUGAAGAUUGCUUUGCAGAGUGCUGUUCAUCACUUGGAAGAGAUUCGCAUGAAAGCAAUCCGCCUGGUGGCAAACAAGCUCUAUUCUUUAUCAUUCAUUACACAACAGAUUGAGGAAUUUGCAAAGGACAAGCUACUUUCCGUAGUGCGUUGCGAGAGAGGAGAUGCUGAAACAUUGAGCAAUGAUUGUGCCGGCUUGGAUUCGUCCUCAGAAGCAACAUCAAUAACCGAAGCCCAACGCUGCUUGUCACUCUAUUUUGCUCUAUGUACCAAGAAGCACGCCCUUUUUGUCCAUGUGUUCAGCAUUUACAAAAAUGCAUCAGAUCCUGUUAAGGAGGCUAUCCAUCGUCAAAUCCCAAUACUAGUUCGUACUAUGGGCUCAUCAUCUGAGCUUCUUAAAAUUAUAGCAGACCCACCGAGUGGAAGUGAGAACCUUCUAAUGCAGGUUCUUCAAACCCUUACUGAGGGGGCUAAGCCUUCUUCAGAGUUGAUACAUACUAUAAGAAAGUUGUUUGAUACAAGAAUAAAGGAUGUAGAAAUUAUUUUCCCAAUAUUGCCGUUCCUGCCAAGGGACGAUGUUCUCCGUGUUUUCCCCCAUAUGGUCAAUCUUCCUAUGGAGAAAUUCCAAGUCGCACUCUCUCGUGUUCUGCAGGGAUCAGCUCAGUCUGGCCCAGUGCUUUCUCCAUCAGAAGUUUUAAUUGCUAUCCAUAGCAUUGAUCCAGCGAGAGAUGGAAUACCGCUUAAACAAGUCACAGAUGCAUGCAAUACCUGUUUUGCACAGAGGCAGACAUUCACUCAACAGGUUUUAGCCGGCGUUCUGAAUCAACUGGUCCAGCAAAUUCCACUGCCAAUGUUAUUCAUGCGUACAGUUCUACAAGCUAUUGGUGCUUUUCCAGCUCUGUCCGACUUUAUCCUGGAGAUCCUUGCUCGUCUCGUUAGCAAACAGAUAUGGAAAUAUCCGAAACUGUGGGUUGGGUUCUUGAAAUGCGCACAGUCAACACAGCCUCAAUCAUACAAGGUCUUACUACAGCUUCCUCCAACUCAGCUGGGAAAUGCAUUGACUAAAAUCUCGUCUUUAAGAGCUCCUCUGGUCGCGCAUGCCAGCCAGCCAGAUAUUCAGUCUUCACUUCCAAGAUCUACAUUGGCUGUUCUUGGACUUGUCCCUGAUUCUCAGGGAACACAGACGAGUCAAGUUCAGGCGAGUGAAACACAAGAGAGUCAAGUGCAAGCGAGUGAGACACAAGGAAGUCAGGUGCAAGAGAGUCAAAUGCAAGCGAGUGAGACACAAGGAAGUCAGAUGCAAGCGAGUGAAACACAGGAGAGUCAGGCGCAAGCGAGUGAGACUCAAGAGUGUCAGGGAGAGCAGCAAGCAAGCGAGUCACAAGAGCAAACGAGCCAGUCUCAGCAAGUCUCGGUGGUACCAUUAUUGAGUCACUCUGAAACAACAGAUCAUCAUCAGGAUACCAGUCAGGUGGUUGCCAGUCAGUCUCAAAGCAGCCCUAUUGGUACGGUUCAGUCUGAAACGAGUCAGUCUCAGAGCAGUCCCAUUGGUGCGGCGGGGCAGUCUGAAAUGAGUCAGGCCACCCAAGUGUCGGACUCGGAUCCUCAUCCAGCACCAACGAGCCACACCCAGACUUCAGAUUCUCAAGUGUCAGGCCAGCGACAGCCCGAUGAUGAGAAGAUGGGCGACACAGCAACCUCAGAAAACGAGAGGCCUGAAGUUGAGAAGUCAAAGGAAUCUUCUGCAGCAGAAGAAGAAGACGACGACUGAGUGUAACUUUUGUAGCAUUUUUAAAAAAGGAUUUCAUUUAUUUCAGAUGAAUUUUGUAGAACUAAAUUAAAGAUGUCACUGUAUCAUUAGCGAUUGUAAUGUUUUCUUGAAUCAAAUGACUACUAAAAAAAAUAGACACUGAUGAGAGAUUGAUUGAUUCAGCUUUUGUAAAUGAAUGUUUUCAUGUUUGUUAAGGUCAACGAGAUGUUUAAAC